CCUGCAUAUACAGCACGCAAUCGCGGCCGCACGCUACAUAACGCCGCGCAGCAGUGCUCCCGACAGCUGUCUUCGCUGCUCAAGAGACGCCGCCGCGAACGGAAGCGUCCUCGCGCCGCCGUACGCCCAAAACAACUGCCUGCUUUUCCGCCGCCGCCCGCCGCCGCUGCGCCAAAAGGAAGCACAAAAAUGGGUAGAGCCAACCGCACGGCCAAGCGCCGCCGCGCUCAGGUUGAAACGACGCAGCAGAGCGAACUCUAUCAAAGUGGCGCCGGCCUGCGGGGCGGCGAGGCCCGCGCGCGCCUGCGGGAGCAGCUAUGGAAGCGCAAACUCGCCCAGUGGAGCCGCGUCGGCGACAGCGCCGAGAAGCUCGAGGCGUUGAAGCGCGCCGGCAUUAACUUAGAAGAAUUUGACCUGAGCAGCGUCUUCCGCAAGGACGGCGACGGCGUCGAGGGCGACGCUUCGACGGAACCGCCCUUCGUGCUCGAGACCGGCGGCGAGACCUUCCGCGUCCACGCGCCGCCCGAGGUCAUCGAGGCGUUAUGGAAGCGCCUCCAGGAGCUACGGGAGAAGGUCGCCGAUCUGGCCAAGAAAUACGGCCUGGAGCCGUCGCAGUCGGACGUCAACUCCCUCGCGGAGCUGCUGAACGAGGCGAUCGCGCACAUCAUGUGCUUCGACCCCGACACCGACGACCACCUGCGGGACGGCAAGACCAACAAGGCGAACGUGUGCGUGGGCAAGGUCAUCGGCCCGAACUCCUUCAUCAAGAGCACGGAGAAGCACGACGAGAUCGCGAAGGGCGACGCGGAGAAGAAUGGGGGCUUCGUCCAGGACAUCUACCCGAUCUUGAUGAGGAAGAAGGACGACAACGACAACUCGAUCACGCCCUCGACCGAGUUCCGCCGGGCGUGCGGCGGCGCCGAGCGGGCCGACGCGCUCAUGGAGGUCCACCUCGAAGCCAUCGCCGUGACGUUCUUGAUCUACGAGCUGGCCCACGGCGAGAAGCCGGCCGUGGCGACGUGGGGCGAGGACGCGUGCGCUGCGAUGGAGGCGGUGUUCGGCGACGCCGUGAACAACCUCGGCCGCCACAUCCAUCCCAUGGCGGGGACUUUGAUUUACCGGGGUUGCUGGGGCCACCUCGACUUCGAGAAGCACAUCGUGGCCUCGGACCGCUGCCUCACGGCCAUCGCGAAGCACCUGGGGAUGACGGUGCUGGGCGCCGGCGGCGAGAUCAAUUACUGGCGCCGCAUGUACGCCAACGACGCCGACGUUAUCGCCGAGGCGAGGGAGGAGACGUAGCGGUCUGCGUGGAAAUCAUCAACCAGGAGUUGCCCGCGGUGCUGCGGCGCCUUCACGCCAUCGACGCGCGUCGUCUCUAGGAGAGGAGGUCGUGGGUGGUUUCUUUUCCGAUUUUGAGGCCAUUCAGACGGUGAUACUGAGAAUUAUUGUGGAGACCAUCGUAAACCUCCACGCCAUUGAGAAGACGCAGUCACGGGGCGACGUCGCGUCGAUGGCGUGGGACUACGUCGUGUCGAUGGCGUGGGACGACGUCGUGUCGAUGGCGUGGGACGACGUCGUGUCGAUGGCGUGGGACGCCUGAAAUUUGAUUUCCACACAGGUCGCGGUUUAUGAAGAAGCUCUGGGCGGACCCGGACGGCGUCUUCCGCAAGUCGCUGGAGGACGGGGCGAUGCGGGAGGCGCUCGAGAAGCUGCUCGAGGAGGGCUGGGCGCCGGGCGGCGUGUUCCGGCGCAUGGUCGAGGUAUGUGUGGAAAUCAACCAGUGAGUUAGGUUCCGUGGGGCGUCCGAAGUUUGAUUUCCACACAGGUCGAGGACCGGGACAGCGCGUGGUGGGCGGGCAUCGCGCGGCGCCGCGCGGCCACGGAGGCCCGGUGGGCCGAGAAACGGGCGGCCCACGAGGCCUCGGGCCGCGGCGGCAACUUCGCGAGGUACGGGACCGAGUUCGCGUGCGUGGCGGGUCGCUACGAUACGUUUCGGGUGCGGGUGUACCUCGGCGACGGGUCGAGGCUGGAAGCAACCUACAGCGAUGUGCACGUGGCGGCGCUCGUAGCCGACAUCGCGCAGAUGGCGCGCGGCCGCGAGGCGCUCAACUACCCGACGCGCGCCGUGUGCCUCGCCGUGCCGCCGCCGCCGGACGUGUUAGAAGAGAUGAUGCGGCAGGCGGCCGGCGGCGGCCCCGCGGCCGGCGGCGGUCCCACGAUUCGGGUCGUUCUCAGAGAGACGAUCGAGCAGUGCCGCGUGCGCUGGGUCGUCUCGCAGACGCUGGCGCGCGAGCUGUCGAAGAUUCGGUCGACGGAGGUUCGACGCGAACUCGUGAAGCUGCGCGAGCGGGACGGCGUCCUGGACGACGUCGUCUGCGACGCGAUCGCGGCGCGUGUCGACGCGCUGGACCUCGAGCGGAUGCUGGGCGACCGGCUCCGUGCCGAGGGCUUCGCCGAGCCUCCGGGAGACGGCCGCGUCGCGAACGGGAAGAAACGCGGCCGCGCCUCGUCUGCGUCGACGGGCCAGUGGGCGACCCGCGCUGAACGCGCGGCGAAAAGGGCCAAACGCGACGCCUGAACCAACACCUGAGCGGACGUCCGCACGAGAGCUUGAGUCAACACUCAAGCCGACGCGCGGGACGUCGCCUGGGUUGAGGUACAGGUAAGAUAAGAUCCCCCUGAGAGCACAUCACAGACCUGGUGUUUUUCAAUACCAUUCGUACUCGAAGUUUAAUAGGCAGUAG